CCUCAAUCUUUGCUAUAUUUUUAGCUCUUCUUAUUCCAUGUAGCUUCUCCCUGAAAGUUCUAGUCUACUCUCCAGCCUAUGCAGCAAGCCACACAAAUUUUAUGGCAAGGCUAGCAGAUACUCUUACAGAAGCUGGGCACAAUGUUACGUUCUUCAUGCCAAUUAUAGAUGAAUCUAAAAAGAUCAACUGGGUGUAGAACUGACUAAGGAUGUGCUUAUAUUAGAGAGAAACGAAGAAAUGAAACAAAAAGCGCUCACUGUAGACAUGUCAGGAUUUUGGACGUUGGACUUAACUUCGGAGAACAGGGAUAUAAAUGCCUCGAAGUGAUGCAUAAACAUGCAGUUCAAUGCUGUGAAAAUUUGUUUCAAAAUCAGAAAAUUAUUGAAGAACUAAGGUCGCGGAGCUAUGAUGUAGCUCUCGCAGAACCCUUGAUGACAUGUGGACUUGCACUUUUUAGGCAUAUUGGAAUUGAAAAAGUUUUGCUAACAACGUCAUGUACUAAUUAUGAUGUGUUGCUUCCAGCUACCGGGGAGCCAGAGGAUACUAGUUAUAAUCCUUCCAUGAACUCUCAAGUGACAAACGUUAUGAACUUCUGGGAACGACUAGAAAACUAUAAUAUUUUCCAAACAAUGGAAAAGGCGUUUACCAACAUGUAUGAUGAUGAAAUGGAAAUAUACCGAAAAUAUUUGGGUCAGGACUUUCCUGACUGGAGAGAUCUGAUUCCUGAUGCCUCGCUACAUUUUACAAAUUCAAUUCCAUUCCUCGAUUUCCCGCGUCCCUCAAUCCAGAAGACAAUUGGAAUUGGUGGAAUUGCAGUUGACAUUGAAGCCAUUCCUCCUAAAUAUGAAUCUGAUGACGUGACAUUUGCUAAUGACGUGGAAAAUGUGAUAUUCGUGAAAUGGAUGCCUCAAACCGCACUUUUGAAAGACAACCGCCUUACCGCUUUCCUGACGCAUGGUGGAUUGGGUAGCACAAAUGAAGCUGCGUUCCUCGGGAAACCAAGUAUAAUGUUCCCAAUUUGGUCCGACCAAACUCGCAACAGCAACAUGUUGGGUCGCCAGGGAAUGUCGAUAGUUCUACACAAAAGUGAUCUUGGAAACUUCCAGAAAAUCCGUGAUGCUUUCCAUGAAAUUCUUCACGACGAAAACUAUCGUUUGAAUGCUAAUAAAGUGGCCGGCAUGGUCAGAAAUCAACCAGCCAAUCCAAAAGAUGUGUUUGUAAAGCAUGUGGAGUUUGUGGGAAAAUACGGCCCUCUUCAUCAUAUGACUCCGUACAGCUUGAAAAUGUCAUCGUUUCAAAGAUAUAAUUAUGAUAUUUAUGUAUACAAGUCAAUGAGCUAUGUUAUUCCUGGUGCUUUGGUGUAUGUUGUUACAAAAAUUAUAUUGUCUCGUUUAUCAGCUGAAAAUUGUUUAGACUUGAAAUUAAGUACAAAUACAAGUGAAUAA